UGUUCAUUCAUUCUACCGGUUCCUGCAAGUUACAUCGCAUCCCAUGGUAGCACUCUCUUCUGGACGCACAAGAGAUGUUGCUGCUGGUGCUGGGUGCCCUCCUCCUGCUUUUCUGCAGUCUGGAUGUAUGGUACUUCCUACGCGGGGCCCAGGUGUUCAUACAGGCGUGGUUCCAGCCCCGAAUAUGGGACAUUCUAGCUGAGCAAAGCAUUGAUGGCAUGGUCCUUCCCCAUGAUUUGGACUACAUGGGCCACAUGAACAACUCCCGAUAUCUAAGGGAGUGUGACUUUGCCCGUUUCCACCACUACAUGCGAAAUGGGCUGUUCAUGGCCUCGCGUAAACUCGGGGCCAAAAUGGUGGUAGGGGCCUCCACCAUCCGGUACCGGCGCUCCCUGGCCUUCCGCGAGGCUUUUGAGAUUCGGACCAAAGUAGUGGGAUGGGAUGAGAAGGCGUUUUACUUGGAGCAGCGCUUUGUGUCCAAGAAAGAUGGUUUUGUCUCUGCAGUCAUGCUCUGCAGGCAGAAUGUGGUGCGCUGCAGCCCAGAGAGCAUCAUCGAGUUUGUCUGCAAAAGGAAGAUCGAGUGCCCCGAGUUCCCUGAGGACCUCAAACACUGGAUUAGCUUCAUCUCGGCCAGCAGCCAGGCCCUGAGAGCAGAGAGUGGACUGGAAGAGAAGAACAAGUAAAGCCACACCAUGUAUCAUGAGUGUAGACCCACAUAUCAUUUGCAUUGCACGCACAUAUACAAUAUACAUACAUGCACACAAACAGUUAAACAUUGUAGAGAGCUUUUAGUUGACUUACAGGAUUCCAUUUAUCUCUGUUUUGGGGUUGAUCCUACCUGCUGUGUAUUUUUGUAUGAUGUGAACAGAAAUGCUGAACUUGGGACAGCUGAAUAUGAAAACUUGAACUGUAAGGUAUUCCAUGUUUUAAAAAACACACUCUACUGUAUACAUUGGGGUCACAUUGAAAGUUGUUCUCUCAGAAGAAAGCGAAACAAGAGCGUAGCUUUAUCCUAGCAUCUUAUUCAGCACUUGACUGUGAAUAGACUGGCUUUAGACAUCUUCAUUUAGCAAAAUCCUCAGAUAAGCAUGUGGAGAAAAAAAAUAAUCUUCCCCUGACAUCAAUGCAUGUUUUGAAACAAACAGAAGAAUUGUUUUGUGCCUGUUUCUCUUGAUUAGUCGUAGUUUACAAUUACAAUUUCAGAGAACUAUAACUUUUUACACAAAAAUGUAGGAGUGAUGAAAUACUUGAAUGGACAUUAUGAACAUGUACUGAUAAUUGUUUCAAUCUUUCCAUCAGCAUUUUGCACAAAGUGUAACCCUAGUGCGUAGACAGACUGAAUUCCGGUUAACAAUCUGAAAAGGGAAUAUUUGAUUAUGAAGGGUCCUUUAUCAGCACAGUAUUGUUCUUUGUCCUAAUUUAUAAUACAUGCAUUUAAGGGGUGGGCUUCUUGAUUGUAAUUGCAUGUAAUAUUACGAGAAAGCGUCCAAACAGGCGUAAUAAACAAAUGCUAAUAUGAGGUUGCUGGCAACUUUUCAAAACUUGCAACGCACGAUCAACACAGAUGUUUGGUUUUGAAAUCUGGAACCUUCCCUUUAAUGCAUCACAGCUUUACUUUGUGACCAAAGUAAUGUAUUGUUCUGUAUGUGGAGGGACAUAAAAUCUAUUUCCAAGGAUGUAUGUCUAACCAGCUAUGUUAAUGCACUGAUAAACGUAUCCUGUUCAAUUGAUUUAAGUUUGAAGAUGUACAUUGUCCUUUUAUUUUCCACUUAUAUUAUUUAUGAUUUAUUGAAAUUCAUUUAUGUACCAAACUUUAUUUAUUGUGCUUGUCAUCUAUGUAAAGGCAUUUUGAAUUAAAAGUGCUUUGG